AUGCCGGGAAACCCCCGUACUCUGCAGGACCUGAGCUUCCAGUGUCUGAUCUGCAGCCUCCAAAGACACAUCAUGACUCUGGAAGGCCCAUGUUGGGCAAGGAGAGAACCUGGAGGCUUCCUUACAGCCUGGGGUCCUCCAGCUCAGAUUCUGCUGGCCUGGGUGGUUCUAUCGUGCAUGGAAAAUGGUCAAGGCUACUGGGAUGGGACCCUGGAAUCUGCGAGUCCAGACCAUGUGAGAAGGCGUGGCAGGCCUGCCAUCAUUUUGCAGGGGCCUAAUGUCUGUGGUUCCCGCUUUCAUGCCUACUGUUGCCCUGGCUGGAGGACUCUGCCUGGCAGGAAUCAGUGUGUUGUCCCUGUCUGCAGGCAUGCCUGUGGCAAUGGCUUCUGCUCCCAGCCCAACCUGUGUACCUGUAUGGAUGGGACCCUGGCCCCCAGCUGUGGCGUAGGUAGAGCAUCACUGGGGUGUAGCAUGAGCUGCAUGAAUGGAGGCAGCUGCCGAGGGGAAUCCUGUCUAUGCCAGGAAGGCUACACGGGCACUGUGUGUGGACAACCCAUCUGUGUCCACGGCUGCCGUAACGGAGGACGCUGCAUCGGGCCAAACCUCUGUGCGUGUGUCUAUGGAUUCAUGGGGCCUCAGUGCGAGAGAGACUUCCAGAUGGGGCCCUGCUACCCCCACGUGAGUCCUGAGGGGUGCCAGCACCAGCUAACAGGUCUUAUGUGCACCAAAGCUCUCUGCUGUGCCACUGUGGGCCAUGCCUGGGGACUUCCCUGCCAGCUCUGCCCUGCACAGCCACACCCCUGCCGCCGAGGCUUUACCCCAAAUGUUCAUACAGGAGCCUGCCAAGAUGUGGAUGAGUGCCAGGUCAUCUCGGGCCUGUGCCAGGGUGGCAGCUGUCUCAAUACAGUGGGCUCCUUCAAGUGCCGCUGUCCUGCUGGACACCAGUUCAAUAUCAGAGGCGCCAAAUGUGAAGAGCGCCAGGUGGGCACCUGCUUCUCAGUGCUUAUCAGAGGUCAGUGUGCUGCAGGUCUCACUGGCCACUACACUCACAGACAGUGCUGCUGUGACAAGGGCAGGUGCUGGGCGACUGGUCCAUCCCCAAAGCUGUGUCCUCCACGGGGUUCUGGUGAAUUCCUGAGACUGUGUGCUCAAAGGCUCCCACUGCUGCCUGCCUAUGCAGACCUCUUCCCUGGACUCUCAGAAGUUGGAUCCAAUAACCUGGGCUCUGCCCUAGGGCCAGCACAACACAACCACCGUGGUUCCAAUGGGCAUGGGCACCAACGUUCCACACUGAGCUCUGGCAACUCCAACAGUGCAGUGAUGGGACCCAGUGAUCAACCAUUCCUCUGUGCAGAUGUGAGGCUGGGGCUGUGUUUCCUACAUUGGGAUGAGGAUGACUGUGGAAUUCCCCUGCCUGGCAAGUACCGGAUGGACGUCUGUUGCUGCUCUGUUGGGACAUCAUGGGGAGCUGAGUGCAAGGUUUGCCCAGAGCCCAGCUCCCCAGAAUUCUUCAAACUGUGUCCCCAAGGGCUGGGCUUUGCCAGCCAGGACUUCCUGUCUGGCCGACCCUUCUAUAAAGAUGUGAAUGAAUGCCAGGUGUUCCCUGGCCUGUGCACACAUGGCACCUGCCGCAAUUCUGUGGGCAGCUUCCACUGCUCCUGUGACAAAGGCUUUGCUCUGGGUGCCCGAGAAAGGAACUGCAUAGACAUCGAUGAAUGUCGUAUCUCACCUGACGUCUGUGGCCACGGUUCCUGCAUCAACACCCCAGGCAGCUUUGAGUGUGAUUGCUUUCCCGGUUUCACUAGUGGGUCUUUGCUGAUGAAGAACUGUGUGGAUGCAGAUGAAUGUGCUAGGGACCCGCUGCUCUGCCAGAGAGGCACCUGCAUCAACACGGAAGGGAGCUAUGAGUGUCACUGUCCCCCUGGACGUGAGCUGAAGGCCCAAGGCACUGCCUGUGAAGACAUUGAUGAAUGCACCACAAGUGACAGCCUCUGUCCCCAUGGCCAGUGCAUCAACGUCAUCGGUGCUUUCCAUUGCUCCUGCCACACAGGUUUCCAGAGCACUCCUGAUGGCCAGGGCUGCGUGGACAUCAAUGAAUACCAAGCGAAUAGAGGCUGUGAAGUGCAGUGCACAAAUGUGAAGGGAAGCUUCCAGUGCAGCUUUUGGCAGGCUAUGUCCCUGUCCCCCUUCAACCCAUCCCCUAUCCUUGCUUCUCAAGAUGUGGAUGAAUGUGAAGACAACCUAGGCAUCUGUGGAGAAGGCCAGUGUACCAAUGUGCCGGGAUCUUACCAUUGCAUUUGCUAUGAUGGCUUCUCAGUCUCACCGGACAUGAAGAUUUGUGUAGAUGUGAAUGAGUGUGACAUGAAUCCCCACCUCUGUCUCCAUGGGAACUGUGAGAACACAAAAGGAUCCUUUACCUGUCAUUGCCAGCUGGGCUAUGCCAUCAGGAAGGGAGCUCCAGGCUGCUCUGAUGUGGACGAAUGUGAGUUUAAAAAACACAACUGUGACAGGCACGCCUCCUGUCUCAAUAUCCCUGGGAGUUUCUUCUGUAGAUGCCACCCAGGCUGGACUGGGGAUGGCUUCAAAUGCCACGACCUGGAUGAAUGCGCGAUCCAGCAGCAUCGUUGUGCUCCGGAAGCUGACUGCCUCAAUACCCUGGGCUCCCACCACUGCACCUGCCGACCAGGAUUUGUUGGAGAUGGCUUAUUCUGUGAAGACAAGGAUGAAUGCAUGGAGAAUGUGGGCCUCUGUGCUAAUGGACAGUGCCUCAAUGUAGCUGGCGGGUACCACUGUGAAUGUGAUAUAGGCUUCAACCCUACCAAGAACCAGCGAGCUUGCUGGGAUGUGGACGAGUGUGCUCUUGGGAACCUGUGCAUGUUCGGGAACUGUGAAAACCUGCCUGGAAUGUUCCGCUGCAUUUGUGAAGAUGGCUAUGAACUGGACAAAACUGGAAGCAACUGCACAGAUGUCGACGAGUGUGCAAAUCCUGUGAACUGCAUCAAUGGCCUGUGUGUUAACACCCCUGGCAGCUACCUCUGCAACUGCCCCCAGGACUUUCAGCUUACCCCCAGUGGGACCGGCUGUGUUGAUACCCAGACCGUGAUCUGUUUCCUGGAUGUGCAGGACCAAGAUGACAGUGGCAUUUCCUGUAGUGCAGAGAUUGGAGUUGGUGUCAGCAGAGCGUCUUGUUGUUGUUCCUUGGGUCGGGCCUCGGGAAACCCCUGCAAGCUGUGUCCAGCAGGCAACACCUCAGAGUAUAAGACCCUGUGCCCCGGUGGUAAGGGUUUCCGACCAAAUCCCAUCACUUUGAUUCUAGAAGACAUCAAUGAGUGCCAGGAGCUACCCAGUCUGUGCCAGGGAGGCAACUGCACCAACGCCUUCGGUACCUUCCAAUGUGAGUGUCCUCCUGGAUACAGCCUCAGUGAAGAUACCCGCACCUGUGAGGAUAUCGGUGAAUGCUCCACACACCCAGACACCUGUAGCCCAGGCUACAGUUUAGGCAAUCACACCUGUAUCUGCCCCGCAGAGUUCCUGCAGGUCAGCAGUGGCAACCACUGUGUGGACACGAGAAAGAGCAUGCGUUUCCGGCACUGUCAUGGAACAUGUGGGAACACGCUGAACUUCAGUGUGACCCGGAGGAUGUGUUGCUGCUACAGCGUGGGGCAGGCCUGGAACAGACCCUGUGUAACCUGUCCCACCCCUGCCAACUAUAUUGAUGAGUGUCUGAGCCUGCCAGGGACCUGUCUUCCAGGCACCUGUCAGAACUUGAAAGGCUCCUUCCAGUGCAUCUGCCCCCCUGGCUUCCAGGUGCAGAGUGGCCAUUGUAUUGAUACUGAUGAAUGCUUGGAGGAGCCCAGCCUCUGCUUUCUUGGCACCUGUGCCAACAGUCCUGGGACCUUCCGGUGUCUCUGCCCUUCUGGCUUUGUCCUCUCUGACAGUGGACACUACUGUUUUGAUAUUCGCCAGAGUUUCUGCUUCACCCGGUUUGAGGCCGGAAAGUGUUCAAUGCCCAAAGCUUUCAACACCACGAAGACCCAGUGCUGUUGCAGCAAGAACCCUGCAGAGGGUUGGGGGGAGCCCUGUGAACUAUGCCCUCAGAAGGACAGUGUUACUUUUCAGGAGCUCUGUCCCUUUGGCCAUGGGGCUGUCCCAGGCCCAGAUGGCUCCAGAAAAGAUGUGAAUGAGUGUUCAGAGAACCCUGGCAUCUGCACUGAUGGUCCCUGUGUCGACACUGACGGCUCCUUCCAUUGCAAGUGUCCCUUUGGCUACAGCCUGGACCUCACCAGCAUCUCCUGCGUUGGAGACCCCUGUGGGGGAGGUAUUUGCCCAAAUGUCAUUGAAGUUUCAAAUGCGCAUGUACUUUGAGGCUUUGGGCCUGGCCCUAUGAUGAUCUGUGACAACAUUGAUGAGUGCUCCCUGAAUCCACUGCUCUGUGCUUUCCGCUGCCACAACACUGAGGGCUCCUACCUAUGCACCUGCCCAGCUGGCUACACACUGAGGAAGGAUGGCGCCAUGUGCCAAGAUGUGGAUGAGUGUGCAGAUGGGUCUCCGGAUUGCCACACCCGAGGCAUGCUGUGCAAAAACCUCAUCGGCACCUAUGCCUGUAUCUGCCCUCCUGGCAUGCAGCUCCAGCCCUCUGGGGAGGAUUGCACAGAUGAGGAUGAAUGUCAGGCCCAGUCCAGCCUCUGUUCACAUGGUCGCUGCAUCAACACAGUGGGAAGCUUCCAGUGUCAUUGCGAUGAGGGUUUCCAUCCCAGCCCCACCCUCACUGAGUGCCAUGAUACUCGGCGGGGGCUCUGCUUCUCCGAGGUGCUACAGGUCAUGUGCCAGAGUUGGUCAAGCAGUGGUGAGGCUGUACCCAGAGUCGAGUGCUGCUGCGGAGGUGGCCGGGGCUGGAGCCCCCAUUGUGAGCUCUGCCCCUUGCCUGGCACCUCUGCCUACAGGAAGCUCUGCCCUCAUGGCAAGGGCUACAGCACCGAAGGCCAAGAUGUGGAUGAAUGCCACAUGUUUGCUGACCUGUGCCACCAUGGAGAGUGUAUCAAUAGCAUUGGUUCCUUCCACUGUGACUGCCAAGCUGGAUAUACACCAGAUGCCACUGCCACUGCCUGCAUGGAUGUGGACGAGUGCAGCCGUGACCCAAAGCCAUGUGCCUUCCUCUGCAAAAACACAGAGGGCUCCUUUCUGUGCGCCUGCCCCCGUGGCUACCUGUUGGAGGAAGAUCUCAGGAGCUGCAAAGACUUGGACGAGUGCACCUCCAGGCAACACAACUGCCAGUUUGUCUGUGUCAACACCAUAGGCACCUUCACCUGCCGCUGUCCUCCUGGCUUCACGCAGCACCACCAGGCUUGCUUCGAUAAUGAUGAGUGCUUGGCCCAACCUGGCCUCUGUGGCACCCAUGGACACUGCCAGAACACCCCAGGCAGCUUCCGCUGUGAGUGUCAUAGAGGCUUCGUGCUGGACAGCUCGGGCCACAGCUGUGAAGAUGUAAAUGAAUGUGACAGACCCCAUCGCUGCCAGUUUGGCUGCCAAAACGAGCUGGGGGGCUACCGUUGCAACUGUCCCCAAGGCUUCACCCAGCAUUCCCAGUGGGCCCAGUGUGUGGAUGAAGAUGAGUGUGCCCUGUCACCCAUGACUUGUGGCAGUGCCUCUUGCUACAAUACUCUUGGCAGUUUCUACUGUGUCUGCCCCUCUGGUUUCAGUUUCAACCAGGACCUUGGAGGCUGCCAGGAUGUGGAUGAGUGUGCAGAACAAGGCAGCCCCUGCAGCUAUGGUUGUGCCAACACACCUGGUGGCUUCUUGUGUGGCUGUCCCCAAGGCUACUUCCGGGCAGGACAAGGACACUGCAUCUCCAGCCCUGGGUUCAGCUCUGGAUCUCGGGCCACCCCAGAUGAGGAAGAGUCACUCUCACCUGAAGCCUGCUAUGAAUGCAAGAUCAAUGGUCUCUCCCCUCGGGACCGACCAAGGCGCAGCACCCAUGGAGAUCAUCAGGUUAGCCUGGAUACCCUUGACGUGGAAGUCCCCUUGACCUUGAGCCUGAACAUCUCACACCUGGGCCAAGUCAAGCACAUCUUAGAAUUUCGACCAGCUCUUGAGAGUCUGGUAGGCCAGAUCCGUUAUGUUAUUGCCAGAGGUAACAACCAAGGUUUCUUCCGAAUGAGUCACCUGGCUGGCGUCAGCUCCCUGCAGGUUGGCCCUGGGAGACUAAGACCGGGGAAAUACCAGCUGGAGGUGGUGAGUAUAGCAGGAGCUCAGGGCCAACCAGGGCCGGCAAACCAAGCCUUGCGGCUAACAGUCCAACUGCAACUGCUCUAGCAGAAAGAAUCUUCAGUGCACCUAGAUGUCCCGUGACAUCUGAAAGUGCAUAUUUUGCAACUGGCUAGAACUGAUCUCGGAGGCAAUGGCUAAGCAAGUUGAACCUCAAAACUCAGGAAAAGGGAAGCAUUACACUCUGACCUCAGAUGAACUCAGUCUUUGCAAACCUGGAGGACCCCCAACACCUCAGCCUCUCCUGGACUCAGCUAGAAAUCUCAGCAUUCAUCCCUCCACCCCACAGCCAAGGUCAGCAGCAGGAAGGACCCCUGGUGUUCACCACCCCUCGUCUUCCUCAAGCUAAAAUUUCCAGACUGCACUAUGAUUUGCCAAGGGUGUUGGUGGGACAUGGGAAUAAGUGUCUAGGGUGGGUGUGGGGUUCAUCCCUCAGAGAAUCAAAAUGGAAAAGCCUUACCUGCCACAUCUUGACUAGCAGAUUCAUUCCCCAGAGUCAGAUCCAGGGUUCUAAAGAUACUUUUCUUUGAAACUGGAGAAAACAAUAAAGUCCUUGGGGGUUAAAUCUG